CAGAAAAAAAGAAUCAUCCCAUGCCUGCUGAUGUUCAGGUUUGUUUGGUGACGAAGUUAAGCCAUUUGGGGUCCUUUUAUUAUUUGAGGGCUGUAUGAUAAAUGGAGGCCAGCCCACCACCCUCUUUCAUGAACAGCACUGAAGAGUCUUCAUCCAUAUUUCACAUCAGGUCCCAUCUCUUUGCCAUUCUCUUCUGUUAUAUAGUGGGUACGCUCGGACUGAGCGUGUUCUUCAUUGCUCCCAUUCUCCUCCUCCUCUGGCUCCAUUGGGACGAGAGAUGUGGUCUCUUUGAGUGGAUAACAGAGCUAAAGACCGAGCAGAAGAUACUGAGGACUAACGUGAUACGAUCAGGAGAGAGUGCUAACUGGUUGAACAAGACAGUUGAUAGAUGGUGGUCCUGCUGUGAUGGAACUGUCACUAAGUUUGUUAAAGAUUGGAUCCAGCCUAUUGUGAAUAAAUUUAGAUUUCCAAGUGUUGUUUCUGAGUCCAUUAGAAUCCUUUCAUUCAGUACUGGGCCCCAUAGAAUCAAGUUCUCUAACAUUAGACUAAUGCAACCAAUCCUUGAUACUAAUAAGUCUUUUUCAGUGGAUUAUAAUAAUUUAAAUGUGUUUGCUCCAAUGACAAUGGACAAACUCAUCAAUCCUCCUGUUGCCAUGGCAGCAGAGGGACGUGUCGUUGUAGCGUUGGAAGCUGACGCUGAUCUCAAGGUACCUAACUCUGAAUUUAAAAUGAAAGCAAGCGUAGGACUCAAGAGUAGCGUGAGUCACAACUUUAUGCUAAACGUUGAGAGUUUUCACAUUCAUGGCCGCGUACGCUGUGUUGUAUCAGCUGAUAAGAUGUCACCUUUCCCUCAUGUGUCAACAACCGAUCUUUGCUUCAUUGCACCUCCUGUUCUUACAGUGCAAGUACGUGUAUUAAAGGACAUGCUGGAGGUCUCAGAUAUUCCUGUUGUUAAAUCAAUAAUGGAGAAAUUCAUAUCGUAUGGUUUUAAGACGCUCUUGGUCUUCCCUGGCAAGCAGCAAGUUGAUUUCACCCCAGCACCAUUACCAGGGCCAGAAUGGGAUGGCCUGAGGGUCUGUGGUUUAUCACAAGGUGUCCUGACUGUGAGGAUUGAGUGUGAAAACAUGGACAACGCAAAGAAAAGUGUGAUGCUCAAUCAUUAUUGUAAGUUGCGUCUUGGCUCUCAAAAGUGUCUUCGGGAAUGUACUGAUGGAUCUUUAACUGCAUGGUCAUCCACUUUCUCAUUUUUGAUACGUGAUCAUACAAAAGACAAGUUGACUGUAAAGUUAAAGAGUAAGAGGAAGUUUAGACGGGAUUUAUCUGUUGCUAAGCAUGUUAUUAACCUUCACUCUAUUGGUAUCAUUGACAAUGAGAAUGAAGAUGAUAGCAACAUACAAAAGCGUCUUGUUAGAAUGAGUUCUGAUGAUGGUUCUAUACAGCUCUGUCUCUCCUUGUAUUAUACUCCACUCCCUCAUUUCUCUCUCUUACAACGCACUCCAGCCAUCGAUAGAUGUGACAUUAAUGAGGCUGGCGUUCUAUACAUUCACGUACAUUCUGCACAAAACCUCAUUUCCUCCUCUUCCUCCUCCUCUUCUAAGCAGAAGCAGCAGCAGCAGCAGCAACAGUUAAGCAGACCCAGUCUUGAUCCUUACUGUAUAGUCAGACAAGAUGCUCGGGUUAUAUUUAAAACGAGUCCAGUGGUGGGCUCAGCUAGUCCUGUAUGGGAGAAAGGGCUUGAGAUACUCAUUCCUUCCUGUCGUGGGGCUCAGUUUUCCUUUGAUGUUUGUGACGGGCGGAGCAGGUCACACGAUAGCCCGUUGUGGUAUGCUCAAGUUAGCCUGGAAAUGGGUAAAACACAGUUAAUCCAACAGAGACUAAUAUUACAUCUCACUGACUCUACCUCGUCCUCCCUCCCUCUCUCCUCCCCUCCUUGUCUCUUUGUCUCUGUCAUAUUCCGCAAUGUCAAGACAGUAAACUGGACGAGGGACAGUCUCCAAGAGGCCUACAUGUUACGGACUCACAGACAGAGUUACGCUAGCUGUCUCGAUAUCACGUCAAAGUUUCUCAAUCCUGUCACCCAGAGCUUGAGUUUUGCUUCUAGCACCGAAGCAGUAGGAGGAGGAGGGGACAAUCUGAGUACUGGGACUGAAUAUUAUCAGUUUGGUGAGGAGUCCAGCUCUGAUGAUGAUGAUGAUGAUGAAGGGAUUGUGGUAACUCCAACCAGCUUUGAUCAUAAUGGGAUGAUCCAUAGACAUAGGAGGAGGAGAUCGGUCAGCGAGAACAAUCUUAACCUUCAUUCAUGAGAGGCUGCCGAUACAAUGUACAUACAUUUUAUAUACACACAUUCACAAUACAACAUAAUGUUGCAUGCAUGCACAUGCCGUGUGUAUGUAACAAAUGAAUCAUAUAGUGUCAUCAUUUUGCAGUGCAUCGAAUUUUUGUUUUAUUGUUGUUGUUAUUAUUUAUUGUUGUUAUUAUAACUUGUUAUUGCUUAUUGUUAUUUAUUGUUCGUAUUUUACACCUUCACUUACUAGUAUCACACACACACACACACACACACACACACACACACUCACCAAACAGACAAUUAAUCUGUUAUUAUAUUACACUACAAUUUUUCUUUUUAUUGCAAACAUAAUCAUGUAUAGAAUUUAAAUAAUUAUUAUAAAGAAA